AGUUUAUCAGCAGUUGUUUGUUUAUUCAGGGCGGACCCUCUCUUUUCUGCAGGGAUUCAGGGAUCGUUUCUUUUAACAUUCACUGCACAACAUUGUAUCAAAAUGGAAGCAUGAAGUAUUAAGAGGUGCAAUUCAGUUGCAUCGCUUUUAUUACCCUGCACGUCUGCGGCUUCUGGGCAAGGAUGAGGGAUCAUCAAGCCAUUGACAGCUGGCUCCUGAAAGAGUUGAAGGCAUGUUGUGCAAAAGAGUACAACUUCCUUCCCAGAGAGGCUGGACUGAAGCUGAUGGAGUCGGCUUCCACAGAGAAUCACAGUGGAGUGUCUGAAAAAUGCAGAAACACCAGAGUGGAAGAACUGUGGGGCCUGACCAGUUUCUUUGGAUACAGCGCUCAAACGUUUGUGCAAGCUGUCAAUUUGCUUGAUAGAUUCCUCACCACUAUGAAGGUGCAGCCCAAACACUUGCCCUGCAUUGGAGUCUGCUGCCUUCACAUUGCAGCAAAAAUGGUCGAGGAAGAAAGCAAUGUCUCACCCACCCAUGAACUCAUUCGCAUCAGCCAAAGCAAGUUCACGGUGUCUGACCUGUGUCGUAUGGAGAAGAUAAUCUCAGAGAAGCUGAGCGUGGAGCCCGAGGCAGUGACAGCUAUAACCUUUCUGCACCUCUACUACCCAGCCUUUACAUCCCUCUCAGCUGGAAGGGAGGAGAUCCCAAGCAUUGGGAGACUGGAAGCCCAGCUAAAAGCCUGCUUAUGCCGGCUUGUUUUCUCUAAAGCAAAACCAUCAGUGCUGGCACUGUCCCUCAUUGCUCAAGAGUUCGAAGGCCUCCAGUCCAUCGCCUUGUUGAAGAUUGUACAGCAAUUCCAAAGACACCUAAAGAUCAGUGAAGGCGAGCUUCUCCACUGGAAGGAACUUGUGGCAAAAUGCAUGACUGAAUACCGCUCAAGUGAAUGUAACAAACCAGACAACAAAAAGCUUGUUUGGAUCGUUUCGAGGAGGACGGCUCAGAAUCUUCAAGCCAAUCACUUCUCCGUGCCCGGCCUGCCAACGAUUCCCGAGGGGAGCUGGGACGAGAGUGAAAGCGAGGACUCUUGUGAGGACAUGAGCUGUGGAGAAGACAGCCCAUGCGGCUCGCCAGGAAGUGACGGCGAAGGAGCCUUCUUCUCCUCUGCCUUUCUCAACCGCCAAAAGUGACGAGUCCUCAUUGUGAAGUAGUCAGAAGUGUGUUUGUCCCCUGAACUGUAUCUGAUUUAAGGUGGUCCUCAUGUUUCUGAGCAAACCCGUGUUUCACUCGUCAUACCACCAAAGGUACGACAAGUGACAUGUUUCAAUCAUUAAGUGCCUGUGUUGAUUCAGUUAACUGUCGUUUUUUUUUAUGUUAUAAAAAACAUAUCGUAUUAAUGCAAAAUGGAAAAUUGCAAUAUCUUGGCAGCUUGAUGGUAAUCUGAAUGUCUUUUUCCGAGAUGUUCUCUUUUGUGUUUGUUUGUGUCCAAGCUGGGCAUACUCCAGGAAAAGCAGUGAAGCACAACGGAGAAAUAGUGUAUAUCAGUCAUGAGGUACACUCACUGUUGAAUACCAGCUAACACACUAACACAUUCUCAAAAAAAAAAUGUAACCCGUUUUUAUAACCAUUACUUUAAAGUGGACCUAUCAUGCUAUAUUUGAAUAAUAUAUUGUAGGGCCAUACCUAUAUAAAACAUGUCUGUGAAGUUUUUUUUUCAAAAUACCAAACAGAUCAUGCAUUUUAGCCAUGCCUCAUUUCGCUCUAUUUGCUGUAUUCCAGCACUGUUUUUGCAAGGGCUGAUUCUGUGGCAAAUGAGCUGCAGCUGACCACGCCGCCCUGCAAAGGAGGGGGGCGUGGCAUGAGCGUCAUGUUACCAUGCUGUUACCAUGCUGUUACCAUGCCACGGCAACCUCUCAUUCCCCUGAUAGGUGGAGCGUUGUUCAUGUAGGCGGAGCGUCACCGCCCACUAUUCCGGGCUGAUGUCGGGUCGGAUGGAAUCUGUAUCCGCUCGUUGUAGCCCCGUUUUUAAAAGAUUUGGGUACGGAGGAAAAGAGAGGGUUGUAUUUUCUGACACUUGGUGAGUUCCCUGGAACACCGGGGACACAUAUUCAUGUAUAAAAGACGUACACAAGUGCAUUUUGCAUGAUAGGUCCACUUUAAAUAUACACAGUAUUCUGCAAGUGUAUGUUAUGUACACAAUCCUAAUGUGGCAAAUAGACCUUUGUAGUGUGAAAAUACCAGACUGUAUAUGCAUGGCAUCAUAGAAUAUGUGAUUAUGAAUGGAUGUUUACCAAAAUAAACUUACUGUAAAAGAAAAGUUUAAAAAAAUGUAUAUAACAUGUAAAAAAAGAAGGAAAAAAUUGUAUGUUUUGUGAAUGCUACAUUAUGAAUGUUGUAUUUGAUUACGUGUGAGUGUGUUGGAAGGUUCAGAAACAAUACUUCCAAAUAAAAAAAGCUUUGUAUACAU